AUGAUGAGAAGUGUUUGCCUGCCGGUGGCAGUCUGCUUGCUGCUGUUGCAACUUGUGGCAGGCAGUGUACCCAAUGGGCACCCAACGCCAACUCGAACGGAUACGCGAAUUUCGUGGUCGACACAACUGAGGCAGCUGCGUCAUCAGCUGCGCGAUUGCUUCCGUUCCGGCCGGGGUUUGUGGUCUUGUUUCCGAGCGCGUAGUCUGCAAAUCUUCGAGGACAUCAUGGCUGCGGAUAUGAUACCACUAUAUGAUGGCAUUCACCUGGUUGUCGCACCAAAUAACACGAAUGGCGAGGCACGACAGGCUGGCGAGGAUCGCAAGGAUCUGCAGCAUCUGACAUGGUUCGAUCGACUCUCCGUCAGCUUGGCCAAGGCGCUAACCACGCACACGCUACAAAUCAAUCUGGCCAAGCUAACCGAUCGCUAUCUGAGCAACUCAGAGAGCAGAGCGGAUGCGGUGGGCAGUGCUCGAAUGCGUCGGCAUCGCUUCAACAUGAUUAUCACAAUGAUGUUUGGUGUCACAGCUCUGGGUGCUGUUCUUGUGCCCAUGGGCUUUCAAAUGCUAUCCAUAGUCAGUGGCAAGGCAUUGCUGUUGGCCAAAAUGGCCUUGCUGCUGGCAUCCAUCAAUGGACUCAAGCGGGUGGCCAAUACGGGUCUGCAUUAUGGACUGUAUCAUGUGCCCGGGGAGCAUCUGGGUGGCUAUUAUGAUCGCGGCGACUUGAAUCAGCCACGCAAUGUGCCCAUUCCCCUGGGCUUAGCGCCCUCACUGGAUAUAGGCUUGAAGUAGUGUACACAAGAGAG